AUGGCGCCCGGCCUGCGCAGCCCGCCAGGCUGCGGGCGGCGGGCAGGGGUCGCGCUGCCGCCCGGCGGGGUCUCCGCGGGAGGUGAUGAGAGCCUCCAGAUCUUGGUGGGGUCAGAUGGGGACAACUUGCCCCUGAUGGAAAUGGGUACUUGUAAGCUUGAGGCCUCUCAUCGGUGGGACUGUGUCCUGGUGGCUGAUCUCCAGACCCAGAAAAUCCAGAAGCAGGUUCAUAGGCAACAGCAGUUCCUGGAGAAGCUCGAGAGCAAAGGCUUUCAGUUCAAGGUGAUAAAAGACCGGAAGAAGGUGUUCUUUGGGAUCCGAGCUGACAGUGGGAUCUUUGACCUGUACCGGACUCUUCUCAUGAAGCCUGAAGAUCCUGGCCCCAGAGCCAAACUUAACAAUAUGAACUGCAUCCCAGCUACCACAAGAAUCCGAAUUGUGAGCUUUGUCGUGAACAACAAGAUGAAACCUGGUGAGACCUUCGAGGACCUGGUGAAGGAUGGGGUUUUUGAGACCAUGUUUCCUCUGCACGAGGGAGAAAAAGACUUGAAGAAAAAAUGGGCCCGAUGGAGAAACAUGUUCCGGAAACAGCCGAUUGAUGAUAUUAGGAACUACUUUGGCGAGAAGGUGGCUCUGUAUUUCGCCUGGCUUGGCUGGUACACCUACAUGCUCGUGCCUGCUGCUUUGGUGGGCCUCAUCAUCUUCCUGAGCGGCUUUGCCCUGUUUGAUUCCAGCCAGAUCAGCAAAGAAAUCUGUGCGGCCAAGGACAUCUUCAUGUGCCCCCUUGGCGACCACAGUCGCAGAUACCAGCCGCUCUCAGAAAUGUGCACUUUUGCGAAGCUCACUCAUCUCUUCGACAACGAGGGUACUGUGAUGUUUGCCAUCUUCAUGGCUCUGUGGGCCACGGUGUUUCUGGAGAUCUGGAAGCGGCAGCGUGCCCGCGUGGUCCUGCACUGGGACUUGUACGGAUGGGAUGAGGAAGAGGAAGAGAUGGCCCUUGAGCUCAUUAACUAUCCGGACUACAAGCUGAGAACACAUCAUCAUUCCUACCUGAACAGCACUAUCAUUCUGAUCCUGUCCGUGUUCAUGAUCUGUUUCAUGAUUGGCAUGGCCCAUGUGCUGGUUGUCUACCGUGUGCUGGCCGCUGCUCUCUUCAGCAGCUUCCUGGAGCAGCAGGUGACCACUGUCGUGGUGGUGACCGGGGCCGUGGUACACUACGUAAUCAUAGUCAUCAUGACUAAGGUCAACAAAUGGGUAGCCCAGAAGCUUUGUAACUUUGAGGAUCCCAGGACCUUUUCAGAGCGAGAGAGCAAGUUCACCGUCAAGUUUUUCACUCUGCAGUUUUUCGCCCACUUCUCCUCUCUCAUCUACAUUGCCUUCAUCCUGGGCAGGAUCAAUGGUCACCCUGGGAAGUCCACGCGCCUGGCUGGGCUGUGGAAGCUAGAGGAGUGCCAUCUCAGUGGCUGCAUGACGGACCUGUUCAUCCAGAUGGCCAUCAUCAUGGGACUCAAGCAAACCCUGAGCAACUGCAUCGAGUAUCUGCGCCCGUGGUUGGCCCUGAAAUGCCGCUUAAUGCGGGCUCAUGAACAUGGUCGUGAGUCCAGGGACCCAGAUCUGGAGGAGUGGCAGCAUAACUACCGCAUGAAUCCAGUCAACACCUUCAGCCUGUUUGACGAAUUCAUGGAGAUGAUGAUCCAGUACGGCUUCACCACCAUCUUUGUGGCUGCCUUCCCCCUGGCACCGCUUUUGGCACUCUUCAGCAACCUUGUGGAGAUCCGCCUGGACGCCAUCAAGAUGGUCAGACUACAGCGGCGCCUGGUUCCUCGAAAGGCUAAGGACAUAGGGACCUGGCUGCAGGUACUGGAGACCAUUGGAGUGCUGGCAGUCAUUGCCAACGGGAUGGUCAUCGCCUUCACCUCUGAGUUCAUUCCCAGAGUGGUCUACAAGUACCGCUAUGGCCCGUGCCGGCAGAACAGGAACUUCACAGAAGACUGCCUCAAGGGCUAUGUCAACCACAGCUUGUCUGUCUUCUACACCAAGGAUUUCCAGGACCACGGCCGGAUGGAAGGCCAAGAAAAUGUGACCACAUGCAGGUACCGGGACUACCGAAACGAACGUGACUACAAUUUCUCUGAGCAAUUCUGGUUCAUUCUGGCCAUCCGGCUGGCCUUCGUCAUCCUCUUUGAGCAUGUCGCCUUGUGUAUCAAGCUCAUCGCUGCAUGGUUUGUGCCCGAUGUGCCCCAGUCGGUGAAGAACAAGGUUCUGGAGGAGAAGUACCGGAUACUUCGGGAGAAAAUGUGCUUCAGUUCUAGGAGCACAGACGUAUAGACAAUCCGGGGCAGGUGGAGAAAUGCUGAUUUCCAGGAGCCUGGACUAGGAAGGAAGGAGUCCCCAUCUCUACAGCUUGGCCCUGUCUAUGA